GGCUGGCCUGCCUAGAAAAGGCUCCCCAAUGAGAUAGAAAGUCACAAAAACAGUUCAUCAAAGCACCUUUCAUAAAUUUUGAUCCAUUUUUGAUGAAGUUUAUUCAUCCCCCAUCUUGAUCUUCAUCCCAACAAACUACUAUGGAUGAUUUCGAAUUCAUUGAAAUUGAUCCCACAGGAAGAUAUGGAAGAUACAAUGAAAUUCUGGGUAAAGGAUCAUCCAAAACUGUAUAUAGGGCUUUUGAUGAAUAUGAAGGAAUUGAAGUAGCUUGGAAUCAAGUGAAGCUAUAUGAUUUCCUUCAAAGACCAGAUGAUUUAGAAAGACUUUAUUGUGAGAUUCAUCUGUUGAAAACAUUGAAACAUGAUAACAUCAUGAAGUUCUUCACUUCUUGGGUUGAUACUUCAAACAGGAACAUUAAUUUUGUAACGGAAAUGUUUACUUCUGGGACAUUAAGACAGUAUAGGAUGAAACAUAAGAGAGUGAAUCUUAGAGCAAUAAAGAAUUGGUGUAGACAGAUAUUGAAAGGGCUUUACUAUCUUCAUAGUCAAGAUCCUCCUAUAAUUCAUAGAGAUCUUAAAUGUGAUAACAUUUUCAUUAAUGGAAAUCAAGGGGAAGUUAAGAUUGGCGAUCUGGGUUUAGCUGCGAUUCUUCGUAACUCUCAUGCCGAUCGCUGCGUUGGAACUCCGGAAUUCAUGGCACCGGAGGUUUACGCGGAGCAGUAUAAUGAAUUGGUUGAUAUUUACUCAUUUGGUAUGUGCAUACUUGAAAUGGUAACUUUUGAAUACCCAUAUAGUGAAUGCACUCACCCGGCUCAAAUCUACAAGAAAGUUAUCUCUGGGAGAAAACCAGAUUCUUUGUAUAAAGUGAAGAACAUGGAAAUCCGACAAUUCGUGGAGAAAUGUUUAACAAAUGUAUCCUCGAGACUAUCCGCUAAAGAACUUCUAGAAGACCCUUUUCUCCAACAUGAAGAUUACUGGCCUUCCAACGAUAUUUCUCUCUUAACCGAUAUCGAGGACGUGGCGAUUUCGAUAAACGGAAGGAAGGCAGACGGGGAUGUCUUUCUACGUUUGAAGAUAACAGACAACGAAGGUCGCGUUCGAAAUAUUUACUUCCAUUUCGACAUCGAGACCGACACUGCAUUGAGUGUUGCCACCGAAAUGGUGGCAGAGCUCGACUUAACUGAUCAAGACGCGGCUAAAAUAGCCGACAUGAUUGACGGUGCUGUCGCUUCUUUAGUACCUGAAUGGGAAAAAGGGUUAUUAUCGUUGAAUGAGAAUAGUAUUAAUGGAUAUUGUUCGAAUAAGAAUGUUCAAGUACUUGAAUGUUCCCAAGACGGAUGUGCUACCGUGCAUGGCCGGUUCGAAGAGAUUACUUACCAAUUUGAAGGAUCCGACGCGCCAGGAAUGUCGAGCCAAUCGGAUCAGAAUGAUUGUGAGGAGGAAAGAAAGCAAAUGAUGGACGAUAGUGAUGAGAUUGGGCAAGAAUUGAGGUGGUUAAAGGCGAAGUAUCAAAUGCAAUUGAAAGAAGGUAAAGAUGAUGAUUUUACGAAGAAAUGUUCGCAGCAAAAGGUGUUUCCUAUUUUCGAAUCGGGUUCUUGUAGCCCCGAGAUUGUGGGGGGCACGGCUAAGAGCUUUUAUGCGGGUGGAUUGCUUCCUCAUUCGUUACAUAAGGCGACUUCUCUACCGGUUGAUGUUGUUGAAUUCUAAUUGUAAGUUACUUUAAUUCAAUGUACAAAUUUUCUACUAAUAUUAAUAUACUAGUAGAAGUGGAAGGCUGGACUUGAGGUUAAUUAAAUAAAAUUUGCUAACAUUAUUGCA